GAGGGGCACAAGGGAGAGAUGAGUCGCCCGCGCCUGUGAUCUGCAACCCGGGCGCUUUCCGCACACUUUCCCCGGCUUGUCUGCAUCGCUCCUUCACACUCUUGUGGAGUAGGGGGAUCAAGUUGGUGGAACACCGUCGGCUUGGAAUUGAGUUGGAAUUUUGCCCUUCUUUUUCUGCGUGGGAGUGUGUCUGCUUGUCGGAUUCUACAACAUCUAUCGCUGGCUUCUCUGCCGAACCGUAUCCUCAUUUUGCACGCUCCUUGCAUGGGUCUCUCCCUCCUCCACUUCGCGCCUCUCUUGACUACAUCGCCCGCUGGAUGAUAUCAUUUUGUAAAGUCAUUAUAGAAAGGUCAACGCUUGUGCUUCGAGGAACUGUGAAAAAGCAGACUUUCUCCCAUUGAAUCUAGCGGGUGACUGCUUAGUCAAAGUUUCUCACUGGUCUAGAACCCGCGCGACGGAUUAGUCAGAGUCAUCACUGUUGACGUCUUGCCUCUCCCCCGGAUCCCUCAGUCUUAUUUUGGAGUUUUUUCCCCCCCUUCAUCUUUUUGGUCAUACACUCCUCCCAGCUAAUUUGGAAAGAGUUUCAAGGCACCGGCAUUCAGCUGCAUAAUAUUAUUUGGAAUAAACUUCGCCUGACACUCCCAACUGCGGUGCUUCAGGGACUUUGAGGUGAUGCAGGAUUUUCUGUUAUACCAGUGGAGGAGCCAGCUUGCAAAAAGAGACUUUGGCCAUUGAAUGUUCCCCCACCGCCACCUCCCCAACCACCAGCAGCACCCUCAUCCCUCACCAGCUCCUUUAAUCUCUGAUGGCUCUAUGGCCUAUAUACAGCCUCAACUUUCUCUGCUGGGUUUGUUUAUGGUCUCUGGGAGCAGCAGCAACGUCUCCCCUUUCAAAUGACAAGCCUGGGGGCCCCUUGGACUGGCUCCUGUCAGACAAGGGGCCCUUCCACCACUCUCCGGAGUAUAUUGACUUUGUGGAGAAGAACAGACAAGGCUUCUCAACCAGAUACAAGAUCUACAGAGAGUUUGGGAGAUGGAAGGUAAACAAUUUGGCAUCAGAGAGAAGAGAGUUUUCACAGUCUUCGUUACCUUUGACAUCUGAGUUCAUCAGGAAUAUUCGACUCCUUGGCCGCAGGCCCAGCACCCAGAUGAUCACUGAUAAUCUGAUCAAGAAAUAUGGAACUCACUUCCUACUGUCAGCUACACUCGGAGGAGAAGAAGCAUUAACGAUAUUUGUUGACAAGAGAAAACUCAGUAAGAAAGGAGAAGUGAGCGAUUACUCAAGUAAUUCAUCGACUGUCAGCCUGGAAGCUCUACACCAGCUGGCCGCAUCCUACUUCAUUGACAGGGAGACCACUCUGCGCAAGCUGCAUCACAUCCAGAUUGCCUCCACUGCCAUUAAGGUGACGGAAACUCGCACUGGUCCCCUUGGAUGCAGUAACUAUGACAACCUUGACUCUGUUAGCUCUGUACUGGUUCAGAGCCCUGAAAACAAGGUCCAGCUGCAAGGUUUGCAAAUCAUCCUUCCAGACUACUUGAGAGAAGGUUUUGUGCAAGCUGCUCUAAGUUACAUCGCCUGUAAUGGCGAAGGAGAAUUUGUUUGCAAAGAUAACGACUGCUGGUGCAGCUGUGACGCCAAGUUCCCAGAAUGCAACUGUCCAUAUAUGGACAUUCAAGCCAUGGAGGAGAGUUUAGAGAGAAUCACCGAGACGUGGGGGCAGCUUUACAAAGAUUUUGAAGAAUCAGAUGAAUUUAAAACCUUCUUUGCAAGGCUGCCUCAAAACCAAUUCCUUAACAUGUCCACCAUCCAACACUUGUGGGCACUUGACAACAUGUUCCAUGGGCGAUAUGAGCAGCUGGAGAACAACAUGCAUGUCCUUGCCAAGCGUGCGGAAAGAGUCAUCUUUAAACUCUUCAGUUUAAGCAAACGGUGUCACCGACAGCCACAAGUUCGCUUACCGAGAGAAAGGUCUCAGUCCUACUGGCUGAGUCAUUUCCAGUCUCUCUUGUAUUGUUCAGAGAACAACCAGCUUGGUGCAUUCUCUGAGGAGCUCCACAGCUGCAGCUGUCGAUAUGAACACAUCCCCUGUCAGCUCCCUCCACCCUGCUCUGUUGGCGAAGGCUCUGCUUGUGCAGAAUGUGCGUUAGACAACCACACCCGAUGCGGGGGCUGCAAUCCAGCCUUUACCCUGAUACAGGGGGUCUGUAAACCAAUGGUGGCAGAUUCGACAGAAAACUACUUGGGGUUGGAGACCGACCUCCAAGAUUUGGAACUAGGCUAUCUUCUUCAAAGAGCUGAUCGUAGGCUUGAGGUUCAUGCAAUUUUCAUCAGCAAUGACAUGCGUCUGAAUAGCUGGUUUGACCCUUCUUGGAGAAAGAGGAUGCUGCUGACAUUGAAAAGUAAUAAGUACAAAUCAAACAUGGUCCACAUGCUGUUAGGAAUAUCUUUGCAGGUUUGCCUUACAAAGAACAGCACACUGGAACCUGCCCUUACACUCUAUAUCAAUCCUUUUGGCGGUAGCCAUUCAGAGAGUUGGUACAUUCCUGUCAACGAAAACAAUUUUCCUGACUGGCAGGCCACAAAGCUAGACUUGCCCUUUGAGUGUUAUAAUUGGACUCUGACACUUGGUAACAAAUGGAAAACAUUCUUCGAAACAAUCCAUGUCUACUUGCGGAGCAGGAUAACAACACCAAACGGAGUAAAUGACAGUGUAUAUUAUGAACCUUUGGAGAUGACAGAUUCUGGGCGGAAUCUGGGCUACAUGAAAAUCAACAGCAUCCAGGUCUUUGGUUACAGUAUGCACUUUGACCCAGAGGCUAUACGGGACUUGAUUCUACAACUGGACUACCCUUACACGCAAGGUUCCAAGGACACAGCAAUGCUGCAGCUCUUGGAAAUACGUGACCGUGUAAACCGUCUUUCGCCUCAAGGUCAACCAAGGUUGGACUUGUUUGCCUGUCUUCUCCGACACAGACUUAAACUGACUGCCAGUGAAGUAGCUCGCAUCCAUGCCUCCCUGGAGGCCUUCAGCUCCCGUCUGCCCAAUCCAUUGGAUUAUGAAACCACUAAACUUUGCAGUUAACAGCUGCUUGAGGCAAAGUCUCACCAAACUGUCACGUGAUGACUUUUACAUGGGCUUUUCUGGACACGCCAAUCAUAGUGUAUUUGUUUACAUAUGUUCUCUCUUUCAACAGAUAACUAUGUAGUGUGUUUAAUAAAGAGUGGAACAACUGAGGGCAGCUGCAGAAUGUACUCUAGAAGCCUGCAGUUUCCGCUUUGUGGAGACUCCCCUCAUGGGUAUAUAAAUUGAUGGCAUGAAUCGGUGGAAGAAUGCACUUUUUCCCAUUGUAGAGAAAAGCAAAAGUAGAGUAUAAUGCAGUAGAAAUUCAGAUACAAGACAUCAUGGGGAAACCUAAUCAUUAUAAACCAGACUGCUCAGUUUUACUGUAAGCACCAAACUUGGUGAAAAUUGAUGGUGUUUGUUUGUAAUUUUUAUAUGUCCCUUUGCUUCAGUAAUAGUGCACUUUCCAUAAAGCCCAGAAUACCGAUAAGUCAAUAUU